AGACAAGACAAACAGGGCUGUAAAAAAAAAAAUAAAUUGUCUGAUCAAAAACUUCAUAAUUUCUACAGGCAUGGAUAGAAAGGUCAACUACUACAGUGGGAGACAUAUUUAAACACUUUCCUUUUGUAUGGUGGGUGUCAUUUCCCUUCAUCCUUUAAAAUCACUUUAGUAUUGAUAGGGAGUUGGUAUCUUGUUCAAGGACAAACUACUCACUCUGCCAUCUUGCUGCUGCUCCUGGACUAAAUAAAGCCAAGAGCCAUCAUGCCCAUCUUUAUGAUUACACCACUCCACCACCAUCAGCAGAUGCUUUUAUGUGGUAUGUUCCCAGUGAACCACUGGUGCCAUAAUCAUACUCCAUACACUUGUGCUCAAGUGGCGAGCAGCAGUAAUGAAAAUCACUGUCAAGGACUGUUGACGGGUGCUCAAGUGUUUGCUCUCAGAGCCAGAGCGCAGUUUCAUGCUGCAUGUUGAAACGUGAAUUGCUCAUUGACCUCUGUAGCGGAGUGCAUCAAAGUCAGGGUAACCAAGCAAAAUAGAAAGAAUACAGAAACAGUACAAUACAGUAUAUAGGAGUUUCCUUUUAUCUCCUCAUGCCCUUUAUGAUAAGAUACAAGAUGUUAGCAUUUACAACAUUCAUAAGCAUAGCCAGUAGGGUUAGUAAGAUAAAUAAAUACUAAAAUUAGGAUUUGGGGGAUAUACCAGUGUGGGAAAGCCACACAGGUGGGAAACGAUGUCCUACACAGACACACAAACACUUCUCCAGUGGAAAGAUGCAGUCCUGACAGUCCCACUAAAUAUGAGUUGUCAUGUGCUAAUACCUCCGGCCAGCCCUGUAAGCUCACCAGCACCCUGAAUUAAUGAACUCAUGUGGCCUGGGAUCUUUGCCAAGUGUGAACUUGAAGGUGACAUACAGAAUGAAAAAACAGCAUUAUGUCUGUCCAUGGGUCAGUGUUUCAGUGUGUACAAUUUGAUCCUUCCAAGAAUGAGCUGUUUGAAAUGUGGUUUUGUAGACUUGUGAAUUAUGACAAUAAUGAUAUUUUAUGUAUUAUUUAAUAUUUCAUAUCUAAUUGGGUUUAGCCUAUUUAUUAUUCCUGAUGGCCACCCAGUGAGAAAAAAAAGUAUAAUCAAAUACAACACACACUUAAGGUGAGGUGACCCUUUUUGUGAGGCCAUCCCCCAAAUGGAGUAAAAUCAAGCUAGUUAAGGCAGACAAGUCCUAUUGCACUCAUAGGUUGCGCUGCUACACUGUCAUGUGACAUAUUCUACCUUCUGGAACACAAAUCUAACGCACCCUUUGUGAUAGGGCGGGCUACAUAAACGGUCAGUGCCAUGCCUGCUGUUUAGCUCUGCUAGCCUACUGCAACACUGCUCCUUUGCUAACAACACUUCUGAAAACACUUGCUGCUAACAUCAAUGCUAACUGUUUUUGGUUUUGUGGAGCAGCUAGUAAGCUAGCAAAAUUAUCCUGUCCUUUCUGCUGCUCUUGCUGGGAUUCAACAACUCCAUUUAUCAAACGCCAUUUCAAGCCGGAUGCUGUUUUGCUGUCACUGUGUCAGCUAUGGGACCAUGGCAACUCUUCCCAAAAAUGUUGUACUUCACUGAGACUGCUUCACUUUACCAAGAUAAUGUUGUGGAUUGACUCCCUGCAGAGGACCACAGCAGAGUAGAGUGAGCAGCCAUGCUGGCAGUGACAACAGCGAGGACGUGGCCCCUCACAGCUCAUCAACCUGAGCCUGUGUUUAUGAAGGCUGAGAAAGAUGGGGCUUUGCUGGAGGACCAGGCAUGCCUGUGCUGGAUUUGGGAUGCGGCCACUGGAAUGGUAAUUAGAUGUCAGUUGAUUUCGAGGAAAGUCGUCUCUGAAGGUGAGGAGGACUACUUUAAAGACUCUGCUUCACGAUGGCGACAGGAGUAGCAGCGUGGCUCCCUUUUGCCAGGGCAGCAGCCAUUGGCUGGAUGCCUGUUGCCAACUGCCCCAUGCCCAUUGCACCAAGAGAUAACAGUAAGAGACAGGACGAGCUGAUCAUCCUCAAUGUCAGCGGCCGUCGUUUUCAGACCUGGAGAACCACACUGGACCGCUACCCUGACACACUGCUGGGCAGCUCUGAGAAAGACUUCUUUUACAAUGAGGAAAGCAAGGAGUACUUCUUUGACCGGGACCCUGAUGCCUUCAGAAGCAUCCUCAACUUUUAUCGGACAGGGAAGCUCCACUACCCCCGCCACGAGUGCAUCUCAGCCUAUGAUGAGGAGUUGACCUUCUUCGGCAUCAUCCCGGAGAUCAUCGGUGACUGCUGCUAUGAAGAGUACAAGGACAGAAAGAGGGAGAACUUAGAGCGGCUGCAAGAUGAUCAGGAGGAGAAUAAGGACCAGAAGCUGCCCAACAUGAACUUCAGGGAGACCAUGUGGCGGGCCUUUGAGAACCCCCACACCUCCACCAUGGCCCUGGUCUUCUACUAUGUCACUGGUUUCUUCAUCGCCAUCUCAGUCAUCACUAAUGUGGUGGAGACAGUGCCCUGUGGUUCCACCGCCAACCAGAAAGACAUGCCAUGUGGUGAACGCUACACAGUGGCGUUCUUCUGCAUGGACACCGCCUGCGUCAUGAUAUUCACAGUGGAGUACCUGUUGCGCCUGUUUGCCGCACCAAGCCGUUACCGUUUCAUGCGCUCAGUGAUGAGCAUCAUCGAUGUGGUGGCCAUCUUGCCGUACUACAUCGGCCUGGUGAUGACCAACAACGAGGACGUGAGCGGCGCCUUCGUGACGCUGCGCGUCUUUCGAGUGUUUCGUAUCUUCAAGUUCUCCCGUCACUCACAGGGCCUGCGGAUCCUGGGUUAUACACUCAAGAGUUGUGCUUCAGAGCUGGGCUUCCUCCUCUUCUCACUCACCAUGGCCAUCAUCAUCUUCGCCACAGUCAUGUUCUACGCAGAGAAGGGCUCUAGCUCCAGCAAGUUCACCAGCAUCCCAGCUUCCUUCUGGUACACUAUUGUCACCAUGACGACGCUGGGGUACGGAGACAUGGUGCCAAAGACGAUUGCAGGGAAGAUCUUCGGCUCCAUCUGCUCCCUGAGCGGUGUGCUAGUGAUCGCUCUGCCCGUCCCCGUUAUUGUCUCCAACUUCAGCCGCAUCUACCACCAGAACCAGAGAGCAGACAAACGCCGCGCUCAGAAGAAAGCCAGACUGGCCAGGAUAAGAAUAUCCAAGUCCGGCAGCACCAACACCUUCCUCCAGUGCAAGCACAACGGACUGCUCAACGACCUGCUGGAGCUGACGGAUACAGAAGAGGAUGAGCAGAAGCUGACUAAGUCCCUCUCUCUGUUAGAGAGCCAACACCACCAUCUACUGCAAUGUCUGGAGAAAACCACUGCUCAUGAGUUUGUGGACGAACAGAUGUACGAGCAGAACUGUUUAGAAACAACGCUACAGACCUACCCAUCACGCAGCCCCUCUAUAUCCAGCCACGACAGCUCUGUGGGUACCUGCUGUGGCUGCAGGGUAAAGAGAAAAACUCCUCUGCCCAACACCAGCCUGCCCUCCACACACCAGGGCCCCCUGCAGGAGCUCAGUGCCAUCCACAUACAGUGUGGUGACCCACCGUCACACACCGUCAGUCGUUCAAACCUUAACCUGAAAACCGAUAACAGUAGCAGGAUCAACUGCAAAGGCGGCCGGAUCACUACAGCAAUCAUCAGCCUCCCAGCGCCCCCGGCUUUGACCCCUGAUGGCGAUGGCCUCCACGGGUCCCCGCAGAGGAGGCCGCCCCCACCCGCAGGUCACCCUGCAACUCCAAGCAUCCAGACCACAGCAAGUUCAGCUGGCAUUAACAUCGUCAAAGUCUCUGCUCUGUGACUCCUUGGCUGAUGGAUGUAACUCAGCUCAGCAGGAGGAAAGAAAGGAGGAAGAGGAAGAAGAAGAGGAGGAGGAGGCGAAGCAGGUUACACUACCUUUAUGGACGCACCGUGUCCGUCUCACAGGGUCAACAGGAAGAGCGCUGUUCUCCAUCAGUUGGUGUUUUAGAGAAGACAGAUGAUGUGGAGACUUUACUGAGGUAGAGGACUGUAGAUAUGUGAACCGAGAAUCACGCACUCGUCAUGUCGUGUAUGCACUGUAGAUACUGACAGAAUCACUGCAUUUCUAAUAGUUUCUAACAGCAGUACAGAUGUUUUACAGCAAGUACUGUGGAAAAGAUUGAAAGACGUGCAAAUUAGCAGACCCGUACAUCAGCAGAUGCCGUCCACAAAUUCACAGUAAAUUUAAAGUGAAUUCACAGUGAAAUAGUGAAAACGAUAUUUUGUUGACUUUAAAUGUGUUUGAAGAAAGGUGAAGAAAAGUGUUGACUGUGUUUACUUAAAUUUGAUUGGUCUUGUGUUAUGUGUUGUUUGUCUUAAGUAUUUUGAGGAAAAAAUGAAAAACAAUUGAAAACAGUUUUAGUUUUCUUUACAGCAUCGUUUGAAAAGUCACAGCACCCGAUGCUGCAAAUAUCGUUUCACUAAAAUGUGAGUUUGAUGUGUCUGAGACUGAAAAGAGUGUUUUUGUUAUUUGUUGGAAAAUUUUUUCUAUUCAUCGUGUCAAAGACUCAAACCAUACUGUGCUUUUUAGUAACUUCAUGUUUAAAUUUCUGACUACCUGAGAUUGACCUGACACUGUCUUCGUGACGUUAUAGGUUUUCAUACUGAGGUGAGACAAAGCAGUGAUUCGUCAAAACCCUCAGCUGACUUCUCUGUGGCACUCAGACCCAAGCCUAUUUGUUCCUACUGAAGACACUAAUUUUAAAAAGGCGUCACAAAAAUGUUUCAUUUUGAAAAAAGGCUCAGUCAUUUCCUCAAACACCUUGGCACUGCAGUUCCUAGUGCAUUUGUUUGGGACUAUUUUCAGCUGCGGAUGAAUACGUAUUUAGAGUGCAAGUGACAGGAGCAGGACAAUGUACAUGGGAAAAUAAUACGGUGUCCCCGAUCGCUGCAAUGAAAGAACAUCCUGCACUGAACUGUGUAGCUCAUUGAUGUGUUUUUAAUGGAGCUCUAUAGUUCAUAGGAAUAAGCUACAUUAUAUCAGGCUUUGGCCACACAGAAAAAUACAAAUUUUCAUGGGAUUUGUUGACCAUAAGAAAAAUAUAGAAAAACAUAUUUCCAGCCUUAUCCCUUAAAAUAAUUAAAUGCAUACAGUAUUUUUACUGUAUGAGUAAAUUAUCCUGUUUAUAUAAAUCUGAUUGGUGCUUUUUGUCCUGUGGAAUAAUUAAAAGCUGCAACUGUUAUGCUGCCUCCAAUCGCCAAUCUCCGAGUGUCAUAGGCUGAGAAGGAAAAUAAAAUAGAAAAUGAUGAUGUGUGUAUUCAUCAUGAGCAUGAGUGGGCAUUUUAGCUCCACUGUAAUUUUAAACAGCCAACAUUACAGCAAUGGGGCCAGUUCAUGUUCAAUACAGCUUUUUCAAACUGAAACUACAAAUAACCAGGUUUUAAUGUAGCUUUUUAGAGUUUUAAAAUAGCUAGAACAGGGGUAAAAUAUGCAAAUAUAAAAAUGGUUUUGGGCAUCCAGUCACUCUUGUCUUUUUUCUUUGGAUACAUUCUUACAAAGCAGAAAAACAAAUGCCCAAGUUGGUUGCCUUCAGUUGUACCAUUUUGUGUCUUGUUAUUUCACAGCUGACUACAGUGUGUUCAUGAGGUGGCACUGUAAGUUAAAAAUGCGUUUAAUUAUGACAGUUUCUGACAGUCAAACACAAGUUUAAAAUGUAUUUUAAAACUUUAAAUUUACAUUUGUAAAGAACGUUACAUGUGUACACAAGCAAGUAAAUGAGAAUACAGAGGAAUUCGCUAGUUUGACAGAAUAAUCCCAACUCUAGGUCCUCUUGCUAGCUUUUCCAGAAUUUUCAACCGUAUCACACAGUCUUUCAUCAGCGGAUUAGAGUUUGCUCAGUUGUCAUGGAAACAAAUCUGUUGACAUGCAUAAAAUUAGCUUAAGUCAACAUGGAUAACACAUGGAUUAAAAGUGCUGUGGAUGAAAACAUAACAGCAACAGAGCUUGCCUGUCAACAGAUCCAUCUCUAUGACAACUGAGCAAACUCCAUCUGCUGAUGAAGACCAUGUGAUAUGGUUGAAAGCUUAAGCAACAGGCAUUAUAGGUGCAAUGUGUAAGAAUAUUAGUUUAAAACAUUAACAAACAAAAAUGAUCAACAGAAUGUGAAGAUAUAACAGUUCUGACAUCAUGUCUAAGACGUCUUUGUAUCGUGUUGCAGAGAUAUCUAGUGAAGUUAGCAUGCUAACCAGCUCUGGUGAUAUGCUGCCCCCUAUUUGUUUGGAGAAUGAAUUUGACAGGUGGCUAAAAUCUAGCAAUUCUUACACAUUGCACCUUUAAGUGGACCUUGAGUUGGGAUUUUUCUGUCAAAACCAUUUCUAAGGUCAAUAAUGAACUCUGAAGCUUAAGAACUUGCUAUUAAUAAGCAGUUCCAUCGUGAAAAUCUCGACUAAAUAAUAUCAAAAAUGGUCACAAGAUGGCAGCAAAGAUGCAUUCUGACAUUGAAACAAAAUGAUUGAAAAUGAAUUAAAAAUGAAUGGUCUGGUUUAUGGCCUUACUCCUGCAUUAAUAUAUUAUUUAUAUACCUACCUGCUGCACAAUGUUGCUCAUUUGAAGGUGAUAGACGCCUGGUGUUUGGAACGGUUUGUGACUACUUGCCAAGUGUGUUAUUGGUUAUCUGUAUAAAAAAAACAAUGUUUAUUUGUCUUUUGGUUUGUCCUGCUAAAGUGGAAACUAUGGUUCAACUCCACGUGUUUAUCAAUCAUAAAGUACCAAGUGACUUUGUUUUUUGCUGUAUUGGUAUACUUUGUGUUGCAUUUCUGUAUUUUGUCAUGUUCUUUAUGCUGCUAUAUAAAAAAUUACAAACCCUUUAGAUAAUUUUUCUUCUCACUGUUAAUGCUGAAAAUAACAAGUGUCCGCUCAGUCGUGGUGCUCAUAACUUGGAUCUUGGUCACCACGGAUACAGUAUCUUCACAUUAGGGCUUUUUGCAGUAUCAUAGAUCACCAUCAUGCUUCAACAACAGAAAGCACUUCUCUCACACCAGUGUGACUACUGUAGGAUGAUUACUUGUUGUCAUUUGAUGGACUUGACUUCAAAAGGUAUUGUGGGGGUCACUUUUUUAAAAGUCUUGGCAUCGCUGUUUGUGUUUGUGUUUGUUUCUUAUCUUUUUAUCCUUUUGAACUGAGCUUUUCUGUCUGUUUGCUGUGUUUACAGUAUUCUGUCAGUUUAUUUGUUAUAACAACUAUGAAGUGUCAGAUGAAAAUUAAAAUCUGCCACAACAAUCAAGUG